GCUCCACUUCAUGCUCCAGCCAUUCCCGGAAGUCAGUACUACAUUUGGUUAGCCGUGUAGACCGUCCGCGACGAAUAACCUUCUUGUCCUCUCUCUCUCUCUCUCAUUCUCUGUCCCCCAUCUAAACAGAACAGUGGGAGCAAGGGAUCCGUUUCUCCAGCAUUCCCGUGCUCCUCUUUUAUCCACAAAAAGGAGCCACAUUUGGUCGCAGUUGGCCAUGGCAUCCUCACCACCGCCGAAUUCUGCACCGCCGCCGUCCUCCACUUUCCCUCCACCCUCAAACUCCACUUCUCCCCCUCCUGAACCCCUCUCCUCUCCAUCUCCUCCUUCCACCGCUCCUCCCCCCUCUAAGGCCAUUUCUCCACCUUCUCCUUCCCUUCCAGUGAUCCCAUCCGCACCGAGCAGCUCCACACCGGUAACCAACCCAUCGGGACCUUCUGGAUCUGGGAGGAGCACUCCUUCAUCUGGUCGCUCUCAUUCGUCGUCGAGCUCUCAUUCGUCGUCGAGCUCGACCUCGAUGGGACUUAUGGUUGGGUUGGCCAUCGGUGGAGUGGUGGUUAUUUUGCUGUUGUGUUUUUCAUGGAUCUGUUGCUGCAGAAAGAAGCGCCGGCCAGGUCCCAUGCCGCAGGAAUACUACAUUGCUCCCCCUCCAAAGAAAGAUGAAUCAUAUGAGCAGCACCAAAAUUGGCACAAUUCUGCACCAAAAGCAGAUCAUGCUAUCAAAAUACCUCCAAAUCCUUCUCCUCCCCCAACAUUUCCUUCUCGCCCUCCACUCGUACCGGGCAAUUUUGGGGCCCCUCCAUCUGUAAUGAGUGGAAGCUUUGGGUUAAAUUAUUCUGGAUCUGAUAAUUCACCAGUUCCUCCAUCACCAACUCUUUCACUUGGCUUAUCAAAGAGUACAUUCGCAUAUGAAGAACUGGCAAUAGCAACAGAUGGGUUUUCUGAGGUUAACCUGCUUGGGCAAGGUGGUUUUGGAUAUGUUCACAGAGGAAUGCUUCCCAGUGGUAAGGAAAUUGCUGUGAAACAGUUGAAGUCUGGAAGCGGGCAAGGAGAACGUGAGUUCCAAGCGGAGGUAGAAAUCAUCAGCCGUGUGCAUCACAGAUACUUAGUGUCAUUGGUUGGGUAUUGCAUUGCGGAAGGAAAGCGGCUUCUUGUUUAUGAAUUUGUUCCGAAUAAUACAUUGGAGUUUCAUUUGCAUGGUUCGGGGCGACCACCCUUAGAUUGGCCCACUAGAUUAAAAGUUGCUCUGGGCUCUGCAAAAGGACUUGCAUAUUUGCAUGAAGAUUGUCAUCCCAAAAUUAUUCAUCGUGACAUUAAAGCAUCUAAUAUUCUUUUGGACUUCAAGUUUGAAGCCAAGGUUGCUGAUUUUGGGCUUGCCAAGAGUGCACCAGAGACCAACACCCAUGUCUCUACGAGAGUUAUGGGAACUUUUGGAUAUCUUGCUCCAGAGUACGCAUCUUCUGGUAAGCUCACAGAGAAAUCCGAUGUUUUUUCCUUCGGCGUCAUGCUUCUCGAACUAAUCACUGGCCGCCCCCCUUUUGAUUCAAGCCAAUCUUUCAUGGAUGAUAGCUUGGUUGAUUGGGCAAGGCCUUUGCUUACCCAGGCUCUUGAUGAUGGAAGCUUUGAUUCCUUUGUUGAUCCAAGGCUGGGGAAAGAUUAUAACCACAGUGAAAUGAGACGCAUGGUUGCCUGUGCAGCCGCCUCUGUGCGUCAUUCGGCGAAGCGGAGGCCUCGGAUGAGCCAGAUUGUUCGGGCCCUGGAAGGAGAUAUAUCUUUUGAAGGUUUGAAUGGAGCUAAAGCAGGCCACAGCAGUGUAUAUGGUUCCUACGCCAGCUCUGAUUAUGAUGCCAUGCAAUACAAUGAGGAUAUGAGAAAAUUCAGAAAAAAGGCAUUAGAAAGUCAGGAAUAUGGGAACAGUGGGUACAGCGCACCAACCAGUGAGUAUGGUCUGGGUCUGAUACAAUCAGGUUCUAGCGGGGAAAGCUGGAAGAGCAGAGAAUUUUAGCAGGAGGGCGUUUGUUUCUUGCGUUUGGAGUGUGUUUGGCCAAACACGAUUUUGUGUUAACACAUAGAUGCGGCCCGCGGCCUCAUCCUCGUCAACCAAUUUCUCGUCCUCUCCCCUGUGUCUCGCGCCCUAAGUUUCGAUCGUCUUCCUUGUCCUCGUCGCCCUCUCCCCUGCGUCUCUUGCCAUAGGUUUUGAUUGGUCUUCUCGUUCUCUCCUAUGCGAUCCAACUUCGCUUUGCUCUGUAAGUAUUUGGCAAUUUUAUUUUGUUGUGAUCCGUAACAUUGGAGCAUUGCGUUGAGGGUUUUUGGAGCAUUGUGUAUGAAUGCCUCUUCUGAUUUAAUGUGAAGUGUUUUCCGUGCGAAGUAAGAUGUUGCGUGUGUUUUGCAUUCCUUUGAGGGUCUGUGAAGCAUUGUUUGAGAUGGUUUUCAUUUUUUG